AUCAAUCAGUAUAAAAAAAGAAAUAUAUAUCAGAAUCAGUUCUAAGAAAAAAGGACUAAUGGCAUUUAAAGGGUUUGUCUUGUGUCUAGUUAUGGCCCUAGUGGCCAAUAUGCUAACUCAAAAUGCAGCCCAAUCAGGUUGUACUACUACUCUCACUAGCUUGAGUCCUUGUUUAAACUACAUAAUGGGAAGUUCUUCAACUCCAUCAACUUCAUGUUGCUCACAGCUUUCAACUGUAGUCCAAUCUUCUCCACAGUGUCUCUGCUCUUUGCUUAAUGGCGGUGGUUCAUCUUUUGGGAUCGCCAUAAAUCAAACUCUCGCUUUGUCUCUCCCUGGUGCUUGUAAAGUUCAAACUCCACCUGUUAGCCAGUGCAAAGGACAAACACCUCCUUCAAGUUCAACUUCUCCGGUCGCCUCUCCCGUUGGUUCUCCGACUGCAACUGAAUCACCAAAUGGUGCAAUAACACCACCUGCUUCAGACUUUCCUUCAGGUGGAGGAUCAAAAAGUGUCCCAACAACAGAAGGUGGCUCAUCUGAUGGAAGCAAUAUUAAAGUCUCGUUCCACUUUGUUCUUUUUCUUGUUACAAUUGUGUUUUGUGUCACCAAAUUCUGAUUUUGUUCAUACUGUGAUUUGAGUGCUCAAGUUCUGUGUUUAGCUUACUUUGCCAUUAUGCCAUAGAAGAUAUAUUGUACUUGUAUAACUAAGAAUGUUCAAAGGAAGAAAUGGAUUUGGAGUUAUUCAAGAUAA